UUAGCUUUCAACUAUAUAUCUUUUCCGCAGAGAAAAGAAACAAGUACUUAUCGUCUCCAGUUCUUUUGGAGGCCAGUCAUGCUAUCAAUGGCUCUUAUAAUCUAAUAAGAUUUUUGAAAAUAAAAAUAUCCUUCAUAGGUCGUGUUUUUCAGCUUUUGCCUCCUUUCGAUCUUUUCAGACUAAUAUGUGUUGUUUUUGGCCCUCAAAUAUUCAGCUUUUUCUUAGAGUUUUGGUGAUUGUUCGUUGGAUGAAAAAUUUAAGAAUUUAAUGUAGAUUGUUGACUUUUAGCUUUAGUUUGGACUCGUGGGUUCUUUUCCUCCCCUUCAAAUCAGUCUCUGUUGGUAUUUUCAUCUUUUCGGGGCUUUUUUCUUGCUUCUGCACUACUUUGAUGCACAAAGUCAUGCAUUUAAUGUUAAAAGGAGUUUAAAUUCCAUUAGCUGAUCUAUAAACUUCCAGUAACAAGCAAAGAUAAUGCAAGCUUGGGAUCACGGUCCACUAUCAAUAUCUUAAAAUCUGCAAAAGUUGAAAGUUCUUUCUUUUUUGCCUUCAAAUCUAAAGAUUUCGGUCGCUCGUUCUAUUUUCCCAGGAUCCUACAGUUCAUAUUUUAAAGUAAGGAAAAGGGUGCUUUGAUGGAAAUCUCUUCUGCAAACUGGAUAUCUGAAGUGGGAGUGGAGGAUCCCAUCUUUAUGCAUCAAUACGACAUGAACUCUUUCGAUUACUCAGUACUCGACGAGCUUAAUUUUGAAUCUCUUUCUGCUGAGAGCUACUCAUCAUACCCAGAUCUCAAUCCCAAAAGCGUACAAAGCUUCAAUGGUUCGGCCAUCGAAAAUCCUCAUACCGGCCUAGAAAGCCCGGCUAAACAGCUGAAGACUAGCAGCUGGAACUCUUGCACCACUGACCGUAUGACUUCAAUGGCUGCUUCUUCCUCCUCCUCCCAGUUAAUUUCUUUCGAGAACUCGAACUCGGCCCCAGCCACUUCUCAGAAAUUUUUAGAGUGCACCGUGAAACCAAAGAACGAGACGGGGUCUGAUCUUAGAAAUAUGAAUUUCCCGACUUUGAUUUCUGAGAGUUCCAUUGAGAUCCAAAAUGGAUCCUCAAAACAUGAACAGGUUCCCAAGAGGGUUGGUACAGUGACUAGAACUCCUUUACAUGCCCAAGAUCACGUGAUGGCAGAGAGAAAGCGCCGAGAAAAGCUCAGCCAGCGGUUCAUUGCUCUUUCAGCAAUUGUUCCUGGCCUAAAGAAGAUGGACAAGGCUUCUGUCCUGGGGGACGCUAUUAAGUACUUGAAACAACUUCAAGAACGUGUGAAGAUACUCGAAGAGCAGGCAGCAAUGAAAACGACGAAAUCAGUGGUUUCUGUGAAGAAGGCUAGGCUCUCGGCCGAUGAUGACAUUUCUUCGUCUGAUGACAACUCCGAUAGCCACUCCGAGCACCCACUCCCCGAAAUUGAAGCUAGGGUCUCCGGAAAGAAUGUACUCAUUAGAAUCCAUUGUGACAAAAGCAAAGGAUGUGCUGCAAAGAUUCUAAGCGAAACAGAGAAACUUGAUCUAACAAUCAUCUCUAGCAACGUCUUGCCAUUUGGGAAUUCCACACUCAAUAUAACUGUUGUUGCACAGAUGGACGAUGAUUUCUGCAUCACAGCGAAAGAUCUGGUGAGAAACCUACGACGGGCACUUGCGUGACAUUGCGAAUUGCAAAACUUUAAAGGAUUUUCUAUGUUUCCAUUUACACUCUUCACAUCAAUAUUGCUAGGCGUGGGAUGACGACGAAUUAAUAAGCUCUAUCAAGUAGCAGACUUCUAUCGUUAGUUUUUUAUUUUCCAUUUUUUUCUUAGCUCCUGAUGGUUGAUCCUGAGAGAAAGGAAGGACUGCAAAUCUCAGACAGCAAGCGAGAUUCACACGUGGUAGCCAGGGUUUUUCACUUAUUUUGUGGCUUUUUGCGUGGUUAGCCAACUUGACCACCUUCAACUAUCCUCGUGUUGUGAACAAAACUUGCUGCUUUUUGGGAUGGUUUUAUUAUUAUUAUUAUUAGAGGCUGUGACUUUCCAAUAUCACCUCUUUAAUUCUUCCCUCCAUAAUUAUGUAAAGGCCCUUCCUUUUCUUGUACAGUGUAACUAAGAGACAACUAGACAAACCGACAUAUU